AUGUUCUCUUCCUUGGAACGCUUUGUCGAUGCUUUUUCUAUACGGGUAGAUGAGUAUGAAUGCGGAACAACAGUCAACCAUAAAGGAGAAACGAGACGGAAAAGAAAGCAGAAAAGAGAAAAUAAUUUAAAAGAUCUAUCUAUCUAUCUAUCUAUCUAUCUAUCUAUAUCUAUCUCAAUCUCUUUAUCUAUAAUAUCUAUCUAUCUAUCUAUCUCUUUCUUUCUCUCUCUCUCAUGUUUGUACCAGAUUAAUACUCCUUCCAUAUCUCUCUCUCACUCUCUCUCUCCCCCUCUCCCCUCUCUCCCCCUCUCUCUCCCUCUCUCUCUCUCUCCCCUCUCUCUCUCCGGUCUUUCUUUCUCUUUGUGCUCUACGGCAAUUACUUCGUAUCUAUCUAUCUAUCUAUCUAUCUAUUCUAUCUAUCUAUCUAUCUAUCUAUCUCAUCGCGUUCUUCAGUGUUGCUCGCUGUGCGUGUCCGUCUGCGCGCCAAUCGGUGUUCCUCACUUACCUCGUUCGCCUGCUUUACUCUAUGGCGAACCGUAUCGAACACUCAUGAAGUGUCCCUGCGCUUUUAUUUGCUUUGUAUGCAAGUAUCUCUCGAGCACAAUCACUCGCCCAUACGCUAAACCUGCUAGACAACCACGCAUUCUGUUUCUCUCCCUCCCCUCUCUCUCUCUCUCUCUCUAUCUAUCUAUCUAUCUAUCUAUCUAUCUAUCUAUAUCUGGUUAUUUAUGUAUUGUUCAUUGUGUGUGUAUGCGUUUGUAA